CCGGCGCGAGCGGACAUGGCAGCCUACAUGGCAGGGGGUUGUGGUGCUGCGAUGAGUCUGUCCAGUAGCUUCCGAUUCGCCAGGACGCAGCUUCCUGCGCGGGUCUCUGCCGCCUGCUGGGCUCGCGAGGGGUCAUGGCGACCGCAGAGCACAGGGCCUUCGGGGACCGACACGUUCCAGCCGCCGCCGAAACCCGUCAUCGUGGACAAGCGCCGCCCCCCGGGCCAGGAGAGGAGGUUCCUGAGUCCCGAAUUCAUUCCUCCAAGGGGAAGAACAAAUCCUCUGAAAUUUCAGUUAGAAAGAAAAGAUAUGUUAGAAAGGAGAAAAGUACUCCACAUUCCAGAGUUCUAUGUCGGAAGCAUACUUCGCGUUACUACAGCUGACCUAUUUGCCAGUGGAAAAACUAGCCAGUUUCUGGGGAUUUGCAUCCAGAGAUCAGGAAAAGGACUUGGAGCUACUUUCAUGCUUAGGAAUACUAUUGAAGGACAAGGUGUUGAGAUUUGCUUUCAACUUUAUAAUCCUCGAAUUCAGGAGAUUCAAGUGGUUAAAUUAGAGAAACGGCUGGAUGAUAGCUUGUUAUACUUACGAGAUGCCCUUCCUGAAUAUAGCACUUUUGAUAUGAAUAUGAAGCCAGUAGCACAAGAUCCUAACCAAGAAGUUCCUGUUAAUAAGCUAAAAGUAAAAAUGAAGCCUAAGCCCUGGUCCAAACGCUGGGAACGUCCGCAAUUUAAUAUUAAAGGAAUCAGAUUUGAUCUUUCUUUAACUGAAGAACAAAUGAAAGAGGCUCAGAAGUGGGGUCGGCCAUGGCUUGAGUUUGAUAUGAUGAGGGAAUAUGAUACUUCAAAAAUUGAAGCUGUGAUAUGGGAUGAAAUUAAAGCAUCACAAAAUUCUUGAUCCUGAGAAUGAAUUUGGUGACUUGCAGAGGAUAUUCUGAUUCUCAGAGUAUUUAUAUUGACACCAAUUAAUUUCACUUUUAAGGACAUAGUUAUUAAAUUAAGCAUUUAUUA